GCAGACAGCACGCACCAGCAGACCUCUCGGGAUUCUCUCGGAAAAGCUUGGGAAAAGCUGCAUGCAUGGGAGCUUCGACGUGCCAGUCGUCCUUCGACUUUGUUAACAAAGUACCAAGUCAACCGCAGUAAAUCCAAGUGGUAUCGAUAAGUUUAACUCACGAUAAAAGCCUCGUAGUGGUUUUGUGCACCAACCCAAGCGCAGGUCAUCACGUAUAAUAAUCACGAAGAUGGCGUCGAACAAGAGCCAACGUUGGGUCGUCGACUCUGGAAUAUUGCGAAAAAAAGCCGAGGAAGAGGACCUACGGGAGCUACUGGUCUUCGGUUACGGCUGCAAGCUCUUUCGGGACGACGAGAAGGCUAAGUUGAUCGAUCAGGGCAAGCAUUUGAUACCCUGGAUGGGCGAUGACACGCUCAGAAUAGACAGAUAUGAUGGACGAGGCGCCUUGGGAGAUCUACGGAUAUAUGAACCACCACAAGGUGGUUUUGACCUGCGCACUAUUCUCUCAGAGGAUGAGUAUAAAGUUGAGCAACUCUGUGAUCAGGAAAGGUAUAAAUCUCUCUACAACAAUGAGGCCGAAGAAGCCAUGUAUCACGAGGAAGAAAUCAAAAGGCUUCACCAAGCACUUGAUUCGGAAAACUCGUACAGUCAAGUGGCCUUUAAUUAUGACGAGGAAAAGAAGUUGGAAGAAAAUUCUGAAAGUCCAAAACCUUCUGAAGAUUCGCAAGAAGAUGAAGCUUUUGAACCCGAUCCUGAACUCGAAAUACCAGGAGACAUGAUAGUACCUGAAACGCAAAAACUCAACGCCAUCAUAGUAAAAACUGCCCUCUUUAUUAGUCAUCAGGGUGGUCAAAUGGAAGUUCUAAUAAAGACAAAGCAAGCAGAUAAUCCGCAAUUUUCGUUCUUAUCGAUUGAUGGCGAGCUGUACCCCUAUUAUAAGCAUCUCUUACAAGCCAUAAAGUCUGGCAAAUAUAAUCCAGAAAAGCAACCUGAUAAGGAAGAACCUGCUCCUGAAGAAGAAGCGGAAGAAGAACAGUCAGACGACGAUGAUGAACCUUAUCUACAUCCAAGUCUCGUGUCAUCUCUCAAAAUUGAAGCAGCGCCAAGCAUUCCCAGUAUUAACUAUAAACCAUCGGCCGACUGUGCUUACUCAAUGUUGGUGAAUAAAAUUACUGGAAAACCGCCAACUGCAAAAACCGCGCUCAAGCCAGAGGUAAUACCACCACCGCCAUUGCCCCCAAUGGGUUAUUACCACCCCAUGUCACAGGGCUACCCUCCGUAUCAAGCACAACCACAGCAAUAUACGCACGGACCAGUGCUGUACAAUGCUAACGGCAACGCUCCAGCGCCGCAACUCAACCAAACUCCAGCUGUGCCGCAAUACAGUUCUUCGGCACCGGUGCAACCUGCAGCCACGGUACCUCCAGCUGUUCAGACACCCCAAAAGGAACUUCCAGCCCCUCUGGUGCCGUACGGUCCUACGCCACCAAAACCACUGAGCAGGCCAUCCUUCAUCGUACCUCCGGCCGAUGUGCAAAUCAUCAUUGACAAAAUGGCAAGCUACGUCGCGAAGAACGGCCGGGACUUUGAAGCCAUAGUUAAAAACAAGGGCGAUCCGCGUUUUAACUUUCUUGAACUCUCGCACCAGUAUCACGGCUACUACGCUCACAAGCUGACGAUGUGCGAAGGAGCUGUGAACCCUCGUGUGCUCACGGACGAAGAGUUGCUGCAAAAGCAAGAGUUGCAAGAAGAAAAGCAAAAGAAGCUUCAGGAACUGGAGAAGAAGCAGCAGCGCAUGGAGGAGGUUCAGAAACGGGUGAAGAUGAUACAGGAGAAGAAAAAGGGCGAGAUCGGCACAAACAGGCAGAGUCCCAGCAAGCAAGUGACGACCGUCUCGUUUUCCAUUAAGAAACCCAAAGAAGGGGAAAAUACUGUGAUAGAGAAGCGUAACGCGUUGCCUCAAGAGGAGAGCGACGAUGAAGAAGCCAGUGACGAUAACGAGAAAAAGGUUAAUAACAAGUCUGAGUCUCCUGCGCCCACAGUGGAGGAGAAAGUAGCAGAGAGCGUUCCUUCUCCCAAAAAAGAAAAGGAGUCGAAAAAGAUUCCAGACAAGCCCGUAACUAAGGAAAAAAAACGUAAAACCCCAACAACGACGAUAUCAGUAGCUACAACGACGACGACGACGACAACAACUGCUUCUGAGAAACCUGUAGUGCCCGAAAAACGAACUCAGCCCAAGCCAGCAGUACCUCCAACGAAGCCGCAACCUAACUUGGAUAAGCCCCUGCACCCAGAAAAAAAGUUAAAACCGUCGAAGCCUGCGAUGACGCUAGACAUCACCGACAUAGUUGACCUCACCGAUGACGUCUUUGACGAUUGCGAGUUGAUUCACACCAAUCCAACUGCAGAAGACCGAGCUAAGCAUAGGGCUUUUGUAGCAGCCCGAGCCAAGCUCAACGUGACGCGAGAACGCCAGCUUCAGAUGGAGCGACGGAGAAAAGCAGCGAUGUUCCUCAGUCAAAUCCAAGCGCCUACGAUAGCACGGAAAGACAAGCCAGCUGCGAAGCCUGAACCGCGGCAGCUCGCACCGCCUGCGUUGUUGCGCCAAGAGCCAGUUGUAUCCGUGGUGCCAGUCUCGUUUGGUAAAGAGGAGCUUGAGGAGCUUAGGAUGUGCACCAACUCGCUGAUGAGCAAGUUACGACCAUUGGAGGUGAGCAGAAGGUCGAAGCCGAGGUCCAGGAGCCGAAGCAGCAGCGACGGCCACUCGGAGCGCCACAGGAGCCACAAGAAGCACAAAAAGAAAAAGAGCUCUCACAAAAGUGUUUACAGAGAAAACAUCAGCAGCUCCCGGUCUCAUAAAUCGAAAAAAAGCAAAAAAUCAUCAUCCAGGCAUCGAGAACGGUCGAGAAGUUCUCACAGGCACUACACAUCUUCUCGCCAUAGAAGAGAAAGCAGCUCAAGUGACUCCGACACAAGCUCGUCGUAGAGGCUUUGUAGAAGUGAUUUGACAAAUUGCCGUUGAAUUGUGUAUAAUUGUACAUACGGUUACGCAGUCGGUACAUUGUUGAUUGAUAAUUUUAUCUGAGAAUCUGCCAUUGAAGAAUUGAGAGUGUUGAACGAUAUUAUGAGCCAUGCUAGUGAAAGUGUUGCCCUGAAACAGAAUAACAGACUUUUUUUAAAUAAGCAUCGACAGAGCAAACGCCAUGUUUUUAUAAAAAUAUUGAAGAAUUAUUACAUACUAUUUUUGUAAAAUUUUGGAUAUCUUAUUUCUGAUUCCUGUGAUACUUGCAAAGUAAUUGAUUUUAGAUAAAAAAAAGUUAUUAUUUGUCUUUGAUUGA